CAGCGUGCAUCUUCCUACUUCAGUUACUGUUGUGAAGCUGCGGAAAAUCUCCCUCGCAAGCGAAACUGCCAGUUAGUUGUACCAGACUGCUGAAUUAUGUUUACACGUACACAGAUUCUAGUACAAGCAAAUGCUUAUUCUGCUAUGUAAACAAGCGAAAUCCAUCAAGACAGGCAUCAAAUGCAUGUGCAGUGUUGCUGGAACACGAAAUCGGGCUUCUCGAAACUCAUCGGUGAGGAGGUGAAACGGGAUAAAUCCUGAAGAAAAGGAGAAAACGGCUAGGAUAUUCUGGAGCGACUGACUGGGCCUCGUGGACUUAAUUUUCUUCGUUUCUAUCAUUUAUGUUGCUUCUAUCCUGCUUGAAAAUAGUUAUCAGGUAGACUUCCUGUUCUAAUAACGUUGAACAGUAUGCCCUCAGGAUGAUUUGAGGCUGCCUUUUGUUUGUUUCUACAGACACUUCCAUGGGAAGUGGUGAACAAUUACCUGAAUGAAUUGGAAUGGAGCAGUACUGGGUGGAGGAAUGACUUUUUUGUCUUGAAUUGGAGCCAGAAGUCCACGAGGGAAGUAGAGUUCAAAUAAACCCGGAAUUUAGCAUAUAUGUUCCUUUUAAAUGUCGGUGCAGUGUAGCCGAUCUACUGCAACCUUAUAUUGAAGCAAACUUUGACUCGUAUGAACGUUAGAAGUUCGCUGGCGAUUAACAAAAGGACUAGCUAACUUUCAAACCCGUCUGAUGUGGAAGACUGCCAAGAUAUUUCCCAGGAGGAAGUAGCGUACACACUAGACUGUUAGCGUGCUAGCACAAAUCCACUGUGUUUUCCUUCAUGGUUGGCUACACUGCGAUAACUUUGUUUACAAAUGUACAAAUUUAAAUGUGUUUAAAAAUAAGUUUACACAUUUUGACCAGUUUUGAUUAAUGGUCAAGUGGGCAUAUGAUGGGAUAACGCCUGAUGAUGCCUGGUGUUUAAGAUUAAAUACUUUUUAGCUAGCAAGCUUAAUGUUGCUUCCACAGCGGUUGCUUCCCAGUCUCACUCAGUUCAAAUAGAACAUCCUGUUUCCUUUGCUGUGUGGAAACGAUACCCUCGAUUGCAUCCCUGGAGCUGUAACGUUAGCUGGUUUCUGCACUUAUCUGGCAUUAUAUUAAUUAGUGUCUUUUGCAAGAAUUGAAUGCUGCCCGCCCUCCAUGGUUUCUGUCGACGGCUUGUCGAACCUCGUCCACACCAGCACCACUUGGCUCUCUUUGGGAGGACGUUUUCAGUCGAAUCAGUGGAAUAUUUGUGUACGAUUUCCCCCACACAACUAUCCCUGGCUAGCUACCUGGCGUAAUUGCUGCGAUGAACCCGGUGGAUGCCACUGCUCUGUAUGUUUCAGCUUGUCGUUCGGUGCUGCAGUGCGACCCCCAGGACCCACAGUCCUUAGCCGAGCUGUUUAAGCUCUUGCCUUUCUUCAAACUGUCACUGUCCUGCCUUGUUUGCGGGAAUUUACUAAAUGACCCAAUGGCGCCAACCAACUCAUCUUGCCAGCACUAUGUUUGCAAAGCUUGUAAUGGCAAAAAGAUGAAUAUGAAACAGUCAUGCAGCUGGUGUAAGGAUGAGCAGUUUGAAGAGAGUAAGCAGCUUUCUAUUCUGGUGGAAUGUUACAAGAAGCUCUUUGAGUACAUUGCAGAGUCUUCUUUGGCACAUUAUAUCACUAGUUCCGCUGAAGACUAUCCAGAGGUUUUAGAACUGCUGGAAGAGGGGUUGUCAUGGACCGAAAAGGGGUUGGACGAGCCCUCCAUUUCGGUGUCCUUGAGUUCCUCCCGUUCUCCGACGCCUUCAGCCUCCGAGACGGACUGUGGCGCUCAGCCGGAAGCUUCCACAGAUCUCCGGGAGCCUCUUCCUGACACAACGGUUUUCACGACCAGUGGCGACAGGCUUGAAGACUUCAUUGCACUUGGUGAAGAUGAGCUGGCAGCCAGCAGUGUGCCUUCCCCAGAGGCCGUGUCUGCCCCCGUUGCCAUGCACUGCGGAGAGAGCCCGAAACCACAGAGCUUUACCGACAGCCUGGUAGUAGACUCCGAACUGGUCGACGUAUGCGGCCUCGACGAGGAUGUCGACCAUGGCGACGGCCCCCUCCUGCUGAGCGUGGAGGAGGUGCUGCGGAGGCUCGACCCCAGCCCCGAGGAGGAGGGAGACCCAGAAACCUUCCCAGGGGCGUCGGAUACCCCAAAUGACCUUUCUCUGCACCCCUCUGUACAGGACCCUGAAGUGCUCGCUCCCUGCCACCCACAGCCACCCUCCUCUGGGAUUUCCUGCUUAGCGGCCACGCCCAAGACUGUACGGCUGAACCGCAAGCGGUCGUGGUCGGAGGGCGACAGCGAGAAGAUCCAGCCACUGCCCAUCUCCAACAUUAUCCACGGGCCUCCUGCAGCAGCGGUGGUGGUUCCUGUCAUAGUUAAACAGGAGGCCGAUGACCCGGCACUGCCAACAGCCACAGUGACCAAUGGGAGCAUGGCCAAAGUUAGCAAGUUGUUGUUGGUGCCCAGCAAGGGUUUUAGGAAGAACCCUGACCAUGGGGCCAAGAAGCUUUACGCAAAGUCCAGACCGACCAUUCCCAAGAAGGACAAAUCGAAAGACCGUCUCCCUGGUCACAGUUUGGAGUCGGGGAGCGUCAACAAAGCGGUCUACAAGAAGACCCAGGAGAAGAAAGGCUGCAAGUGCGGCCGGGCCACCCAAAACCCAAGUGUUCUUACGUGCCGCGGGCAGCGGUGCCCGUGCUACUCCAACCGCAAGGCCUGCCUGGACUGCAUCUGCCGGGGCUGCCAGAACUCCUACAUGGCCAACGGCGAGAAGAAGCUGGAGGCCUUUGCCGUGCCCGAGAAGGCCCUGGAGCAGACCCGACUCACGCUGGGCAUCAACCUGGCCACCAUAGCGGUGCGGAACGCGGGCGCCAACGGCGGCGUCCUCAACAUGUCGGCCUGCUCCCCUGUCACAGCCUUCUUCGCUGCCAGCUCGCAUGAGGGCGACAUUUUCGACGAGAAUCUAGACAUGAGGUUUUAACCACUGAGCUCUGCCUACAAGGUCACCCUCGUGCACCAUAUUGUUUUGUUAUUCUUUAGGAGGGCUGUGGAAAUGGGGCAUUCACCACAAUUAGGCAGCUACGGUUCUGGUCCAGUUAAAAUGAAUAGUAAUUGCCAAAGCUCCUGUCUAUAAAUCCCUUGUCAUGUAUUUUGUCUUAAUUGCUGUUGCAAGGUUAAGUCGGAGUGCAUUGCUACUGUAAGGUUUUUUUCCUGCAGGGGGUUUAUACAUCGUGAUCUUUGGCAGAGUAAUGUUGACCUGAUUGUUGUGUGUCAUGCUCUGUGCAUCAGCAUGAAGGAAGCGGUAUCUGGAAUGUUCUUCAAGGCUAGUUGUAAUGUAUAAUCUUGUGUACGCUCAUCAAAUUGCGUUUGAAAACUCAUUUCAGGAAAUACUGCAUUGACAUCUGCGAUGUUUUUUUUUUUCUUUUUCUAAAAUGGAAGCCUUAUUGAAUUCUACAGAUACCAUUUCAACACACAGGGUAGACAAAUUCAGUUUGUGCAAUGUCUUCUAGCCCUGUCUUAUUCGUAAUGGUUUCUGUUUGGAAAGCAAUUGUCUGUUUUCUCUUGUGGCUUUGAAAAAUCUAUUGUAACACAUACUGGAAUGCUAAAAUAACCAGUCUAUCUGUCUCCACCCCCCUCCCUCCAAAUGUGAAAUGUUUUUAUGUAGUACAGCUCAAACCCAUGUUUUUAAUAUUUUAGAUUUCCGUCCGUGCGGAUGAAUGACUCAUGUUGCAUUCUGCAGGCACAGAAUGGACCUGGCUGUCACUUAUGGUGGGCAUCAGACUUUCCUCUCUUGUAGGCAGGGGCUCAGAUUUUAGCACUUAACUUGAUUAACAGGCCAAAUAACGACCAAAGCUACUUGGUAACCAUAGAAACAUCGCCACGCAUCAGUAAAGGUAAGCACACAGUGCACACAAACACCAGGCUUGUCUUCAUAUUCACUGAAAAGCGAAAACAAAAGAGCGAUGAUUUGCGUCAACAGCCAUUCUUUGCAGUACAAUACCAGUGAGUUGAAGGCUCGGAGGAAUCUUGCAGGGAUUUGUGGAAUGGAGUAAUUGAAAGGACUAUUUUCAAAUUUAGCUUAGAAUUCUAUGUCUGGGCUGAACCGACGUCUCCUGGUUUUAAGAUCCUGGACACAGGGAAUAGAAUGGCGGAUUGGAGGGUGUGCAUGCAAGGUAUAUCCUGAAAGGUCUGAUGCAUCAAAGACAACAAAUGUUGUAGGUGGUCCAGCUCCUGUUUUCAGCACGUAACCAUCUGUUUUUGUUUCUGGGCUUUUUACAGAAAAACAAAAAUCCAUAAAAAUCCUUUCUGCCAGAAUUGUUGCAAGCCUCCAUAUGUACGUUGAUGUGUUUUAUUUGGAUUUUGUUCACCCAAGCUUCUACUUCACACAGUACAAUUUCUCACAUGGCAUGCUUCACAGUUCUUCACCUUGUGUACAGAAGUCUUAAAAUUGAUGAAUGUGCAGGUAUUCUUGGACAGGUGUAAUGGUGCACAUUGCUCUGUAGUUUUAUCUGGUGUCAUUUCCAGUGAAUGUGCUUUUGAAACGAUAGAAAAGCAAUGUGGUUUGUGUCCAGUCUGUACUUUUUCCUGUUUAAUUUGUAAGCGAUGGCAGAAACUAUUUUUGAUAACAAGUAAACAUUUAAAAAUA